AUGACCAAAGACUCUCCGAGCCCCUUGGGGGGCGGCCGCGUGUCACCCAAGAAGCUGGCGAGCCCGGGCCCAGCGGCAGCGGUGCUAGAAGAGCAAAGGCGGGAGAUGGAGAAGCUCCGGGCCGAGCUGGAGGCGGAGCGGGCACGCGGGCAGGCGGAACGGCGGCGCUUCUCGGCCCAGGAGCGCCAGCUGCGAGAGGCGGCCGAGCGGGAGCGGCGGCAGCUGGCCGACCACCUGCGCUCCAAGUGGGAGGCGCGGCGCAGGCGGGAGCUGCAGCAGCUGCAGGAGGUCGUGAUGCGGGAGCGCGAGGCUGAGAUCCGGCAGCUGCUGCGCUGGAAAGAGGCCGAGCUGCGGCAGCUGCAGCAGCUCCUGCAUCGCGAGAGGGACAACGUGGUGCGCCAGGCCCGGGAGCUGCAGCGCCAGCUGGCCGAGGAGCUGGUGAGCCGCGGCCACUGCGGCCGCCCUGGGGCGCCGGAGGGGCCGGCCGUGCAGUGCCGCUGUCGCCUGCAGGACGUCCUGGCGCAGCUGCGCUGGGAGACCGACGGGGAACAGGCGGCGCGCAUCCGCCACCUGCAGGCGUCUCUGGACCUGGAGCGCCGGCUCUUCCUCAAGUACAUCCUGGAGCACUUCCGCUGGCGCCCCGCCUGGCCGGAAUCCCCAGACCCUCAGGGGUCCCCGGCCUCCGAAAAUUCGCGGCCCAAAGUCGCCAGCCGUAGCGCAGAGCCAGCCUGUCCACGCGGACUCGUCCACCGACGGAGUACCAGCACUCACGAGCGCUCACACUCCCUCGAUUUGGUGUUCGCCGGGCCCGCCAGCACCUCCCACGGCCAGCGCCCCCCGCGCGCCAGUUCCCUCGACUCCUUGGCGCUUGCGCAGUCUGACUCGCUCGGCAACACUCGGCGUUGUCUCCAGACCCCCGAGCCCCGGGAGCUGGCCUCCUCGCCAGAGGUCUCCAUCCCAGGCUCCCCUCCAACGCCACCACCACCAAGCUCACCAGUGCCACCGCCACCGCCAUCACCACCACCCCCGCCACCGCCACCACCACUGCCACCACCACCGCCACCGCUGGAGCACAGAAAAGACAGCGGCCAGCGGAAUGAAGGAGGCCCCACGAGCCAGCCGUGCGAGGUCCUGACCCCCUCGACGCCGGGCCCGGACUACCCGGCGCUGGUAAAGCGCAACACGGAGCUGAGCGCGGCGCUGCGUGCGCUGGACCACCGCUGCUCCGCUCUGCUCGAUGAGAACGUCCAGUUGCGGCGCGCUGGCUGCCCUGGCUUCCCUGGCCCGGUGGACGAGAAGGUCCAGAGGCUCAAGAUGAAGAAUGUGGAACUGACCGGCCUGGCACGGCGCCUGGAAGAUCGUGCGCGCAAGCUGCAGGAAACCAACCUGCGGGCCAUGAGCGCGCCGGGGCCGGGCCAGAGCCUCCCAGUCCCGGAGCUGUGCCAGGCCUUCUUGCACCAGCGCGCCCAGGACCUGGCGGAGCAGGCGAGCGCGCUGCUGGCCAAGGACAAACAAAUCGAGGAGCUGCAGCAGGAGUGCCGCGUGCUACAGGCGCGUGUCGACAACGCCCAGCUCUCUGGAGGGGGCGCUUCCGGAUCCCAGGGGCUCAACGCCAGCCACUUGGAGAGGCUGCUGCGCGAAUCCCAGUGGGAGGUGUUGCGCCUGCAGAGGCAAUUGAUAGUGCAGCAAGGCCUGGGCAGCGCCCAGGCGGAGGCGGGCAGCCCCAGUGCACAGAAGAAGGCGUUGGAGCUCGAGCUGGAGGCGCGGAGGCUGGAGUGCCAAGAGCUGCGCUCUCAGGUGGUGGCUGCGCGGCGGCGCGGAGAAGAGGUGGAGGCGCGGCUGCAAGCCGCGCUGCGCGAGGCUGCUCAACUGGCAGAGGAGAAUGCCUGGCUGCACGCCCAGAUGGACUCGGGCCUGAAGAUGGUAGCCAAGAAAAGCGGUGCGCUGGGGCAGCCUAACCGCCUGUGCCAGGAGGGCGACGCCACGGGCCUGCUAGUGAAGCAGCUGCUUCAGCAGGCGGCGUGCAGGGGGAACAGCCAGAAACAGCUGCAACACGACCUGCAGAAGUCCCUGCAGGACCUCCAGGCCUCCUGGGAGGAGAUUCAGACAUUGCAGCGUCAGCCCCAGGAGGCCACUCAAGUCUCCAAGUUCCAAGCCAGGGACAGCAGAAGGCCCAAGUGCCAGCGAGGGCUGGAAGACCAAGGGCUGCCCCAGGCCAGCAGAGACAGGCAGAAGAUGGAAAGUUCCCUGCCAGAGAGUCCGGUCGCCCUCGGGGAGACAGCCAGUGUCCCCCACGUGUCAUCAGAGGAGCUUCUGGGCUCCGGGCUCCAGGCAAAGAAAGGGAGCUCUAACUCCUCCUCAGAAAUGGAAUCCAUGUGGGCCACUGUGCCAUCCUGCCCACAUCUGGAUUUGGACACCGCCAGUGAAGUGGAUGACCUGGAGCCUGACAAUGUGUCCCAGACCCUGGAUGUGGGGAGCUGCGAGGCCCCCACCACCACCAAACUCAAGAUUUUCCUGGCGCCGCAUAAUUACAGCCCUUUUGAGGGGCCCCAUGCGCACUCCCACAGGGAGCUACCCCUCGUGACUGGUGAUUACGAGUACAUCUUUGGGGACGUGGACAAGGAUGGCUUCACUGAGGUGGAGCUUGAGGACGACCAGCAGGGGCUGAUGCCCUCCACCCUGGUGGAGCAGGUCCCAGACAGUGAUAUUCUGGGCUGCCCCCCCUCGGAGCCCCCCAGAUUUGACCCCACCCCACUCCCGGGCGGACUGGGCAGACCUUGGCAGGAAGAUAUUUGUGUCAACUCGUUGCCUGGGAAAGCUCAGGGCUCCGCGGCUUGGGAUUCAUGCUUGGUGUCCAGGGAGAUCUUGGAUGCCAACCCAGACACACCCGGGCUGGGCUUGCUCCAGUGUACGGAUGUACAGAGGGCCCUCUGGAUGGCUCCCAUGCAGCUAAGGUGUCAGAACGUCACAGCCACGUCCGUCGAGAUCACCUGGGUCUGCAGCAAUAAUAGCCACCCCCACAUGGUCUACCUCAAUGGCCAGGAGCAUGGGCUGACCCCAGCGGGUGUGAGCUGCUACACAUUCCAUAGCUUGCGUCCCACCACCCAGUACCAGGCUUGGGUGGAGGUGCGACUGCCGUGGGACUUACUGCAGGUACAGUGGGAAACGGUGUCCUCCACCAUCACCUUUGCCACUCUCUUGGCCGGACCCCCUCACCCGCCACUGGACGUACUAGUGGAGCACCACACCUCACCAGGCCUCCUGGUAGUGAGCUGGCUCCCCGUGACAAUCGACUCAGCCGGGUCCUCCAACGGGGUCCAGGUCACCGGCUAUGCGGUAUAUGCUGACGGGCUCAAGGUUGCCGAGGUGGCAGAUGCUACUGCCGGGAGCACCGUGCUGGACUUAUCCCGACUGCCAGUGCCUUCAAAGUGCCAGAAGGUCUCCAUGAGAACCAUGUCCCUUUGCGGAGAGUCCCUGGAUUCGGUGCCUGCCCAGAUUCCAGAAAACUAUUUCAACUGUCACCAAAUGCUGGAGACCUCUCCCUUGGGCUAUACCCGUGGUGAUUCAUCUACCUGCACCUGCCCUGGGAAGCUGCCGCUGGCUCCUCGGAGUGCCCGGGCCAGCCCCUACACUCCUGGAAGCCGUGGAGAAUCCCAGAAGGAGCUUCUAAAAGCAUCGCCUCAAGAAACUCCAAGGAGGUGUUCCUCCCUGGCCAGCCUGCGUACAGAAAGAAAAAGUCCAAGUUCGGUGACCCACAGCCAAUCCCAGGGGCCCCAAGAGACCUGGGGUGCCUGUGGGAAGGACCUACUCUUCCAGAAGAGUCUCCAGGAUCCCAGGCCCCUACUGCCCAGCAGCCAGGCAUCCACUGGAGGAAAACACUCUCAGAAUGUAGGCACCAACAAAAGCCCCUCUUCCGGGUCUCUCCAUCCCUUUCCCAAGGGUGGGCCCACCGAAGUAACUGGGCACCGCAAGCUGUCCCAAGAGAAGGUCUUUAGUCAAAGGCAAGCUGCCCACGAAUCCCGUGCAGCCCAGCAGGGACCCAGCCAGCAGUAUCUGUCUAGUUGCUGCAAGCUGUCGGCGGCAGAGGAGGUAGGCUUGCCUGUGUGGAGCACACAGAAACAGUGGGAGGCGCUCGGGGCCCAGAGCAUUCAAGACCAGGAGCUGGUGUGUAGCCGAAAGCACCAGGUCCGCGAGCCCAGCUCACUGCUCUGUCCGGCUCUGUCCAGUCAUGUCAUCAAGAUGUCCCGGGUUGGCCCCGCAUGGCUGAGGCAGGGGCCAGACACACGAGCCAGGGUCUUCAUGGCCCUCUUUGAUUACGAUCCCCUGGUCAUGUCUGCCAACCCCCAGGCUGCAGAGGAAGAGCUGGCCUUCCAGAAAGGGCAGUUACUGAGAGUGUGGGGGUCUCAGGACCCCAAUGGCUUCUACCGUGGAGAGUGUAGGGGGCAGGUGGGCAACAUUCCAGGGCAUCUGGUGGCCGAAGCAGUGAAGGGCGUGGAGUGGACCGAUGAGAUGUGUCAUUGGCCAGCUCAAGGGUACCUGCACACUCUGGGCUACCUCAAGGACUUUGGGGGGCUGACUGGUCACCAGGCCUCCUUCUCCAUGGCCCAAGGAACCCCCAAGAGCCCUCCACUGUGGACUCAAAAGACCAUGAUGGCAGCUCAGGGCCAUCAACCCAGGGACAAUCAAGCAGGGGGUCGGGAGAAGGGCAAGCUGGCACCAAGGGCUGGGGACAUGGUCACGGUCCGCGGGCCUGUGGAUAUCCGGGAGCUGUGCACUGGGGAGUCAGGAGGCCACCCAGGCCUGAUCUCAGCCCACCACCCAGAUCCCACAUCCUUUCAGAAUGAGUGA